ACCUGUCUGUCUGACUACCUGUCUGUCUGACUACCUGUCUGUCUGCCUGUAGCUUUGGGAUCCGGUUCCCCUGCAUGUCCGACGCCUACAGUAAGGAGCUGCGGCGCCUGGCGCUGGAGGUCGGCACCGAGAUCGGCUGCAGGGACUUCGUGCGAGAAGGCGUCUACUGCAUGGUCAGCGGACCCAACUUUGAAACCAUCGCCGAGGCCAGGAUGCUGCUGGUCCUGGGUUGCGACUCUGUAGGGAUGAGUAUGGUCCCUGAGGUGACUGUGGCGAAGCAUUGUGGACUCAGAGUUCUCGGACUGUCCCUCAUCACCAACAAGGUGUCUCUGGACUACAGUCGGGAGGAGAAGGUGAACCAUGACGAGGUUCUCCAGAUCAGUAAGAUGAGGGCAGAGGUUCUGCAGAAACUGGUCACCUUGUUGAUCUCUCGCUGCCAGCAGCAGAGCAUCAACACCCACUGACCCACUGACUCACCCACUGACCCAC